AUGAAUGGUCACACAACUGAACUUCAGACUGGACGCACGUCCCCUCCGGCUGCUCCUUUCGGAUACUCCUUUCUCUCACCCAUGGACACUCCUUUUGAACAAGCCCCUGCUCUGCCCCCGGGACCUUCCCUUCUUGAUGACAAUGAAUCCAACAUGCUCGACAACUUCUUUACUACCAUGAAUGCGAACCAAUUUACGAAUGAUAUGUGGAUGCGACAAGAACAUAAACCAGGGCUACCAGCCUUCGAUUGGUCAGCUGAACUACCACCCAACUUCGAGGGCUCGACAACCUCUCUAUCACAACCUACAUUUCAGCAACAUAUGCUGGGCAAAGCUGGUGGUGGGAUGAUACCAGGCAACCCUACAGGCUCGGAUAUAUUUGCCGCAGCGUCAAUGCUCUAUCAGAGUGGUUUGAAUGGGUCAGAGUUAGGAUCAUCAUUAACACAGCAAGCCUUUGCAAGACAUCAUCUUCCCAACAAUGGGACACAAUCAACAAAUAUCCCGCAAACUGCCAGUUCUGCUCCCGGUUCCAUCUCGUCUCCUCGACCUGAUCUCCCGACUGGGUAUCAUACCUCGGAGAUGUUUUUUGACGUUCGUGACCCUAUUCCUGCGGACCAACAUCCAUCAAGGAAGGCUCGCACCCUGCGUUGGGGCUCAGAUGCUGGUUUCAUGGACCAAGGUUACCUUCGUCCCCCCGACCAGCCUGAUGAGGAGCAGCGGACGAAUGACUUGCUCGACCAUCUCGGCUGUUUCGAACCACAAAGCAGUGCGGCAAAUACACGAGCACCCAGUCCAGAACAACCCGCGGGGCCUCCUCCUCCACGGCCUGUUUUCCGAAGUGGAGUUGCCCCAGACGAUAGCUCACAGCCUCGAAAGCGGCAACGAGCGAUAAAAGAGGAGGGCGACGAUUGCUCUUCCGAUGAAGACGGCAGACCUCACUCAAGGAAAUCCAGAGGGUCCAUCAGCAAAGGCCGGCGGGUCUCCACAGACAUGUCUCGAAAAGCCCGUUUGCAGCAAGGCUCCAGGACUGCGCGGGAGAAUCUUACCGAAGAGCAAAAGAGGACCAACCACAUUCUUUCGGAGCAGAAGCGCCGCAAUCUCAUCCGCCAGGGCUUCGAAGAUUUAUGCACGCUGGUUCCUGCGCUCAGAGGCGGCGGCUUCAGCAAAAGCGCAAUGCUCACUGGAGCCGCCGACUGGCUUGAAGACCUUCUUCGAGGGAAUGAUAUUCUCCAAAGCCAACUGCAUGAUUUAAAGACUAUCAACGGCUUGGUGAUGCCGCGAUGA